AUGCCUUUCUAUUCUCAGUGGUACAAACAAAGUGUUUGCCUUCGUGGUAAUGACAAUUCCAUCGAUUACGUUGGUGAAAAUACGAAAAAUGCGAGCACCGAUGCGGUCCAGGCAGAUUUGACUCCCAUUCAAGUCACCGUUUCUUCGGUCAAGGACAAGCUUGUUUAUAACGUCGAAUACAAACCAUCCGAAGGUGAAACGAACCUAGACAAGAUAAUUCACAGCAGGGAAAGCACCGCCUCUUCCACAAAACUCAAGACCUCUUCCCCUCACGUCGGUGCCGCUGCUAACGCAGUUGUGGCGAGAUUCGUUCAACAAAAUCAUUCGAGGACACACUCCCGCCAAGGGAGUUCGGUAUCUGAUACCAUUUUCUCCAGCACCGACCGAGUCUCCUCGGACUCCAUGUGGGAAGAUUGGAUUGUGAAGUAUCUCCACGAAGAUACCGAUGCCGCAGCGGAAGAAGCCCCCAUGGAAGACUGGGUAAGUUAUAAAACAACCGACUUUCUGGAAAUUUAA